AUGGCUAAGGGGACGAAUGGUUGUGUCGAUCAUGGUGAAGAGGCUACGCCGCAAGGGCAAGCUGAAAUACUUCAUAUCAUGGAUAGCUUCGUCGAAAGCAUGGCUCUCAAGUGUGUCGUUGAGCUUGGCGUCGCAGACGCACUAAACUCGCAUCCCCGUGGCGACAACUAUCCGAUGACUCUGUCUCAAAUUGCUGCUCGCCUCCCGUUUCCGAACCUCGACAUGGACCGUCUUUCUCGUGUAAUGAGAUUUCUUUCUUGCAGGAAGGUUUUCAGUGCUAUGGUCGAUAAAGAAAGUGGAGAGACGAUGUACGGUCUCACCGAUUCCUCGAAAUGGCUUCUUACCGAUAAUAAAUCGGAAAGCCUGGUGCCUACAUUGCUUCUCGCUACGCAUCCAUGCGCCAUGGCCGCCUGGAAUUGCCUGGGUACAAGCAUAGCCGAAGGCGGAGCGUGUGGAUUUUCAAGAGCCAAUGGCUCAACUUUGUAUGAGUUCCAAUCAAGAAACCAUGAAUUCAAAACUGUAUUUGACGAAGCAAUGGUUUGCAACACUAGGGUAGUUAUGAAAUCGGUUCUUAAGUGUUACAAAGAUGGAUUCAAUAAUGUCGGAACAAUCGUUGAUGUCGGAGGAGGAUCGGGGGCUGCAGUGGUCGAGAUCGUCGAGGCACAUCCUCAUAUUAAAGGUUUUAACUUUGAUCUUCCCCAUGUAGUGGCUAGUGCACCCAAGUACCCCAAUGUUAGCCAUGUCGAAGGCAACAUGUUCGACACUAUUCCCGUUGACGCUCCCCAUGUAGUGGCUAGUGCACCCAAGUACCCCAAUGUUAGCCAUGUCGAAGGCAACAUGUUCGACACUAUUCCCGUUGACGCUGAUGCAAUAUUUCUCAAGUGGAUAUUGCACAACUGGAGCGACGAGAAAUGUGCGGAAAUCCUGAAUAAUUGCAGGAAAGCUUUACAGGAGAAAAAGGGGAAGUUGAUCAUAGUGGAAGCGGUUCUUCGACCGGAAAGCGAAAGCCUUUCCGACGUCGAAGCACAUAGGUAUGAUUUAAAGAUGCUGGUUAUUUCUCCAAGCGGGAAGGAAAGAAGCAAAGAUGAAUGGAGGAAGCUACUGAAACUAGGAGGUUUCCCCCGUUACAAUAUCAUCAACAUCCCUUCUUUUCUAUCCAUAAUUGAAGCCUUCCCUUCUUAACCAGACUCAAAUAUAUAUAUAUGCUGCGGUGAUCCAUCGAUCGCUAUUUAUUUUAAUCUGUUGCACUAUGAGACUUGUGUUUUCAUAUGGUUCUGGUAAUUACUGCCGUUACUCGAAGGAAAAAAAACUUUUAAUAAUUGAAGUUAGAUUGUGGUUGAAU